AUGAACACACCUGAUGGCCUUCCCCUUGAGAUAGCGGACUUUGUGUUUUGUGGCAACCGGUUUCCUGGAUUUGCCAAAGGUACCGAAUCUCAAAGGACUUUGCGUCAACGAUUCGGUGGAAAGAUCAUUCAUAGUUCACGUUGGGACUAUGAGUACACCGGGGGGUCUCAAGAGAAUCCCGAUAUGACAAAAUUGAAGGAAAAACGUAUGGGAGUUGUUGGGACCGGGGCGACUGCUGUCCAAGUGAUUCCAGAAUUAGCCAAAUGGGCAAAGAAAGUGGUCGUAUUUCAACGCACUCCUGUAUCUGUGUGGCCUCGUGACAACGAUGUCAUUCCUCCAGAGAGUGAGUUUGAGAAGCUCGGAUGGCAGCGAAAGCGCAUGGAGAAUUUCAACGCGUUAAUCACCAACGAAAGGCCCCUACCAAAAGAGAAUCUUGUGUAUGACGCAUGGACUAAGAUGCAGUCGCAUAGUGUACUGAAAGGCGGUCCUUCCAACCUCGAAGAAGGGUACCUGGAAAAGAUGAUCGAAUUUGACCUGCUUCAACAGGAUGCUAUCAGAAAGCGGGGUUUGGAGGUCGUUCAUGAUAAAACCACCGCAGAGUCUCUUACUCCCUGGUACUAUGGAUGGUGCAAGAGGCCAUGUUUCAGUAAUGUGUUCCUGCAAACUUUCAAUGAACCUCACGUGACUCUUGUUGAUACCCAAGGUCAAGGUAUUAGCGACAUCACUGAGAAGGGUGUUAUGGCGAAUGACUGCGAGUACGAGGUCGACGUGAUCGUUUUUUGCACUGGGUAUACCCUGGGAACUGCGAUUGAUCAAAAGAAGAUACGCGUUAAAGGCUUGAUGGAUGAAACUUUACAAGAGUAG